UUAUGCCUGUGCUGUUAAAUAGAGAGAUGAGACUUUGGAUGUGACAGGUGCUGGAUUUUAGACUUAUCGUUUUAUAAAUUGUAAAAGGCUCGAAGAAAAAAAUGAAUCGUCAUCCAAAUACCGACUACAAAAGUCGCAAUGAACCGCAAGUUGAAUUGGAGAGUCAAUUUAUUUUGCGACUGCCACCGGAUCCCGCUCGAAUACUAAGAGAAGCAUUACGUAGCAGUUUACCUUUAAAAGACAGGUUGAUGAUAAAAUUAGAAAAUGAUAUGCGUUAUGGUGAAGUCAGGUUUGAUCACUGGCUGCUUCAUGCUAAGGUUGUGGAUUUACCGACAAUAGUAGAAUCUUUAAAAACAAUUGAUAACAAAAGUUUUUAUAAAACUGCCGAUGUGUGCCAGCUUCUGAUAUGUAAAGAAGAGGACGAUCAUACUGCAACAGAUGAAGAAUCUCCUGUUAAGCAGAAAAAGAAAGAUCCAAAUAAGGUUGAUAAAAAAUUUCUUUGGCCUCACGGUAUAACACCGCCUACUAAAAAUGUAAGACGUAGAAGAUUUAGAAAAACUUUGAAGAAGAAAUAUGUGGAAGCACCAGAAAUCGAGAAGGAAGUUAAACGUUUAUUGCGAGAAGACAAUGAUGCUGUUAAUGUUAAGUGGGAAGUAAUAUGCGAGGAUGAAGAUCAGUCAAAACCUAGUAAAGUAUCAUCAUCUGGCACAGUUAAAACUAAACGGGAAAAUAUUAAUGGAAAUACAUCUCAAAGUCUGGAUGUUGCUGAACAUGACAUAUUUGGUGAAGCUGUGAGCGAUAGCGAAGACGAUGAUGAAGAGGCAAACAUAAAUGUGAUGGAAUUAGAUGAGAAUAGUCAUCUUACGGCAGAUAGUAGAGUUUCAGAUUCAAAUUCUAUGCAAGCUGCAUAUUCUGAAAGAUCAAGUAAUAAUGCGACGACGAGUAGCGGAUUAGUUACUGAAUUUAGUAAAGAAAUGUUUCAAAAUGACAAUGGCGAUAUGGAAACUGAAAAGCAACAGGAUGAUCCUACUUCAACAAAAGUUUCAAAAUUGGAGCCAUUUCACGAGGAAUAUAUUAUUCCAGAUAAUUUUGCAGACUUACCAGUAUCUAUAUCUAAAGACGCACGUCUUGCUGCUCUUCACGCGGAAUUGGCGCAACUACGGCAAAGAAGACAACAGCAAGAGAUUGAAAUAGCUAAUAUUGAAAAUGUCAAACUGAGACAGCGUUUCCAAGAGAUCUUAGAUAAUUUGUUAACUCAAGAAAUGCAGAAAGUACAAGAGAUACAAGAUCUAGAACUGGAAUAGAAAAUGUGUAGUAUAAAGUUUCAUAUAUAAAUUGUCACAAAUUUAUGUGCUUAAAAUAGAAAUUAUU